AUGUUACCUAUACUUCGCAGUGUUUCGGGAACAGCCCGCGUCACUCGCCGUUUGCCAGCUCUCUCCUACCCUACACAAUCAAAGCGGCUAGCUUCACAAGAUUACGGCAGUAAGCAGUCGGGAAUGCAGCAAGGUAUCGACCAAGGGAAUCCGAAAGCCGACUUAGAGCACCCGGGCCCAGAAUCCCCAAGCGCCAGCAAAGGCGGGAAUCAAAGCUCCAGCCAAAGCUCCGGCCAGAGCGGAAACAAGAGCGAUACUUCUAGCAAGGGUGGCACUCCUGCUAUCCACCGUCCUCGGUCAGCCGCCGAAAAGGAUGAUCCCGAAGUGAGAAAGCACAACGAAGAACUGGAGAAUCGAUAUGAGAGAACAGAGAAUCAGCUAAGUGAGAAGGACAACAAAGUUGACAAGCAAUUCUGGAAAGGCGAUGUUGGAACGUCUAGCGAGGACAAAGGGGUAAAGAAUUGA